AUGUAUUCUUUGCCAAGAUUGACUAGUAAAAGUGUUAAAACAUAAAUAAACACAUCGAUAGAAACUGAAAAUAAGAAAAAGUUCCAUUUUAGUGAUAAUAUCAUGUAUAAAAUGAGCAAAUAAGCACUUCAAGAUUAUUUAAAGUCAGGAGUCAUAGAUUAAAGAAUAAUACAACUGAAUUUAGUCAAAAUGAGUAAAUUGAAGAAUUCGGAUCUCUCAAUUCUUAACGAUUUCUAUUCCUAACCUUCCACAAGUAGGAUCGAAUAGGAAUAAGCUUAAUAAAUAUUAUCAAAAAUUAAAACACAACAAAUUCCUAAGAAUUCAUAUUUUAACGAAAAAUCUGAAAAUAAAUCCAAUCAGAACGACUUAAACUUCUAUUAAAUUGAAGAACAAUUGAAAUAAUGUUUGAAGACUAAAAUGAAUGUUUCAAAAUUAUUUAAUGGAACUUAUUUGCUUGAUCCAUCCAUCAACGAUCUAACAAAGAAAAGCUAAACUUCUAAACCAUAUCUUCAAAUGCUUCAUAGGAUGGAACCUUAGAAGAGAAUUAGCAAAAAAACCAAAUCGUUCAAAAGACAAUCUAGUAUUUUAAAUCCAUAAUAUUGCAAAUAAUACUCAAUUUAAAGUAUGGAAAUAGAAGAUGUUACGGAUUACAUGUCCUCAAGAUUAAUAGAAUCAAAGGCAAAUAUCGAAUAAUUGGUUGAAAAAUACAAAAUUAUAGAUUUGACUCCAGAAUAGAAAUCAUUCUUUAAUUUAGUUUAGAAAUGUGACAUCAAAGGAUUAUCAUUAUUAUUUUAAGAUAAAUCAUUUGAUUUCUCUCUAAUCAAUUCAGCUGAUGAAAAAGGAUUCUACCCUGUCCAUAUAGCUAUCAAGAAAUAAAAUGUAUCAUUGUUUAAACUCCUAUUGAAAUUCGGAGCAAAAUUAAAUGUGACGACAAGAAAUGGAAAAACUAUUUAGGAUUUGAGUUAACUCUAUGAAAAUUAAGAGAUUCUAGAUUUAAUAAAAAGGAAUCGUUAUUUUAAAUGA